AUGUCUUCUGCGAACACUGGAAAGCGGCGCGCCGAGGAUGACGGUGGGGGAGAGCCAAAGCGAGCUUGGUAUGAUCUGUUGUUUCUUGACGGACUGAUUACAACGUGUUAACAUAUUUGACAGUUUGCGCUACGGCAAGGUCAUUCGCGUCAAAGUCACCAGAGACCCCAAACGGCCCAGGGUCCCGAACGAGGAUGAUGAGCGCACAUUCUCUGUCCACAAGGACGUUCUCCAAUGCUCCGAGUACUUUCGGGACUUGACGGCGAAGGACACCAAAAAGGAGGAACUAACACUGGAGAACAUCGCCGAUUGCUUUGCUUUUGAACAAUAUCUCGACUGGCUCUAUCACGGCGAGAUCGACAAAAUUCAUCAUGGCGCUUCCAGCAAAGAUCUCAUGCCGCAGGCGAUGCUUGACGGCUACAUCCUCAGGACCAUAUGCAAUCUCUUACUUCUAGCCGUCAAACUGGACGACACUGCGUUCGGCGACUACGUCUGGGCCUUCCUCAUUUUAGACGAAGCUGCUUGGAUGAACGACGAUGCUUUCCGAUACUUCCCUUUGCGUCUCGAAGAGGGAAUCGUACUUUGGAAUAGCCGCAUGUGUAAGGGUUUGCGGUCCCGGAUCGCCGACCUCGUGUUGCCCGGACUCAAGCGAACUGUUCUCUCGGCCAAUUGUGACCGAUGCCCGGAAGAAUUGUACAUUUGCCUAUCACAAGCUCUUCCGUGCUCAUACAAGGUCUACGUCGGGAAUGAUGACUCGCAAGAAGUCAUCAGGGUGAAUAAUCGUCUGCUGCCAGUCGCCUCUACUCUUUUCCGGCGAGCCACGGAAGGCAGCCAUGACGAAGAGGGAGCAUGGAUCAUCCCCCUCGAACAACACACUCCCAAAUGCUUCUAUCGAUACCUUCGCUGCGUUGAGCUCAUGGAAGUCCACUAUGAAGACAUAGUCGACGCCCCAUUCGAAGACCACAACGGCGUCCGACUGCCCGUGGCCGGAGAGACCCAUCGAGAGCAAUUGAUGCAUAACCUGUGUGAGAUCUGGAUGCUCGCCGAGCACGUAGACGACAAGUUGACAAGGGACGCCUGCAUGCGGCAUAUCAUUGACCUGUGGACAAACCACGGCUUCAUGAUUUCCUGGGAUACUUUGCACUUCAUUGGCAACGAAGUCCCCAAGUACUCGAGACUGAGGAAGUGGGCAGUCGACACCGUGGUACCCUCAAUCACCACCGAUGCUGCGGAUCUCUUGGCCAAACUUCCAGCCGCGCUCCUGUCGCAACUUCUCGUAGCAGCUGCGGUGUAUCUUCGGAAAGGCACCACACGAAAAGACCGCCUUGCUAUGGUGCCGCACCUGAAGGACCUCCACGAGUACUGCGACAAGUAA